AUGCCUAGGGAACGUUCAGAAGACGGCGACUGUAACGCUAUAGCGCGGCUCAUCAAGGACUUCUGCAGUUGCUCGGAGAACGCCACCUGGUCGCCGGAGAUGACAUCAGACAGACGAAAAGGCCCACUACUCAAGAGUGAACUCACAAACAUGUCUGCGAUGCGUCGAAGAAUAAUUUCCAUUGCCAAAAGAAAAAACAAAGAAGUCCCAGAGCCGCCGAAACUGACCUACGGGACUACUUUCCAGAAGAAUUCAGACACUCUCACUUCAAACUUGGUGAAUACAACGAUCAGUUCUCAAAGCAGUACUCUCAGGCGAAACAUCGACAACUUCCUCCUGUCUCGAAGGAUGUUCGCUCUCGAGGAGGACAUUUACGAGAAACCUAUUCAAGUGAAGACACCCACGUGCGGCGAGAACUGGUCUCUAAGCAAAGCGUGGCGGAACAACAACUCAGAUUUCUUCAACCGCUCGCCUACCCUCGAUUCUAACCGACUAAUUGAGCGGAACUACACCCAACUCGAACGAAUAGAUGAGAUCCCGCAGCGGAAAAAACGAAAUAAGAAAAUGAAGGAGCAAUUGCGAUACGAUAGGAAUAUUAAGAGGCACAUACGGAUACGUGUGAUGUUGUCUUUGCGGAUGAGGAGGUAUAUGAAGAGGAGGAUGAAGAAGCCUGGUCUGCAGGCGUCGCAGAAUGUGAACGUGCCUCCGAGGAGGUUUCCGAGAGGGGCAUCAGUGACGUCGAGUUUUGGGACUCGGUCUUACAGAAGUGUGAUGACGGAUAAGUUAGGGGAUGGUGCUGUGUUGUUUGACAUCUAUGAAGCGAGGAACUCCACCAUGGAGCUCUGCCACGACUACGAAGAGGACCUCGAUACGCUACAGAUUGCGUUACGCGCCGGUAACUUUAGGAGCGGUCGUCUAGCUGUCGAGGGUUGGUGGUGCGGGCGCGCCAUGCCGGGCGCUGGCGGGCGCGCCAACAAUGGCGCCCUGGCGUUGCACUACGCGGCCGCACGAGGGUGCCUCGACUGCGUGCGGUUGCUAACGAACACUACGCCUGAUGUCUCUGCCAACACGGCGAUGGACAAUGACGUGACGCCGGUGUAUCUGGCGGCACAGGAAGGGCAUCUGGCAGUUCUCAAAUAUCUGGUGCUGGAGGCUGGAGGGCGUCUGGAUGCGAGGGCCAGAGAUGGUAUGCUGCCCAUCCAUGCAGCUGCCCAGACCGGUUGCUUGGAUUGCGUUAAAUGGAUGAUUGUGGAGCGUGGCGUAGACCCCAAUGCGAGAGACGGAGACGGGGCCACUCCUCUACAUUUCGCAGCCUCCAGGGGUCAUCUCAGCACAGUACGCUGGUUGCUCAGACAUGGUGCUAGGUUGCACCUGGACAGACAUGGCAAGAGUCCCAUUAAUGAUGCUGCUGAAAAUCAUCAUUUGGAGUGCCUGAACGUGUUGGUGGCUGCGGGUGCGGCAGGGGCGGACAAUAAGCAACUCUCCUCCUACAAGGCGAUACACUCCUGCGCAUGUGCUCCUGGAGAGGCGAGAUGCGCCCUACCGAACUGCAUAAACAUGAAUGGUACUCGCUCCCCCUUCUACCUGCACGCCCCAGAGCGGGAGCGACGUAACUCUGUGCAGGAGCGACGUGGUUCCUUACCUUCCACUGUCGGCUCCGUCAGUUCAGCUCGCUCCGGACCUGCUGAUGGACUGUAUGUCAAUCCGAUGCAGAGAGCCACGUCUACCAGUGUCACGCAUCACAGCUCUUCGGGGGAGGAGAGUUCAGCCUGCUCCGCAUCAGACGCGGAUAACACAGCGAGCGGUUGGUUCCUCCACAACAAUAACAGCAGCUCAGGGGCCCCGGCAGCUCUCUACCAGCGCGUCAGAGACAUGUUCCAUACUCGCUCCCCGGGACCUAGGGUCCCUGCUGAGGGACAGGAGGCACCCGCUAUGACUGGGUCGAGGCAGUCUGAGGAGCCGGAUGAUUCUAUAAUGACUGUGAAAGCAGAAAUCCAUGGGUCUGCAGAGGCCACGACAGCUCAGGAGCAGUCAGACAGUGACAGCGGAGCUGAGACCACCAGGCGAGACCAUCACUAUGAGGAUAUCUACAUGCCCAGGGAGGAACAUCAGAGACGAAGGAGCAGUUCUCGCGACUCAGGCAGCCACAGUCGACCUGGCAGCGCCGCGCUCGUUGUGGACUACAACACCAAAGAUAGCACUGACACCGCAAGCAAAGCUUACGAGGAGGUGUCGUCUCCAGUGUCAGAGACGCAGACCAAGUCAUCGAUAGCCACCAAAUUGGCAGCACUCACACAUAAGGCACAGAAUUUUGCAAGCCGUCUAUCCUCGGCGGCUGGCAGCAGACGCGCGUCAGUAUCAGACGAAGCGACAGUAGUGCAAGCUGCCUCAGCUUCCUCAGGAGUGUCCUCUGGUGGUAGCUCGGGAGACGAGGCUCCUCCUCCGCCUCCACCACCACCGGCACCACCAGCCCCACCCCCACCUGUAGUGUUGGAAGAACCAGCACUGAAGCCUUCGGAGCUCAGGGGGAGAUUAGCGGGGCGACGCGGCUCGGCGGCGUCCGCAGACGACGACAGACCGCGCGGGCCCAACCUCGUCAACAAGCAAGCCGUGCUCCCCUUCGUGCCUCCCGCGUUCCCGCAUAACGCGCCCGACCGCCUUAUCAAACCGUCCGAGUAUUUGAAAACAAUCACGGCGCCGUGCAAGCGGGACGACAGCGCGGCGGAGGCGCGUCCUCCGCCGCCGCCGCCGGUGCCAGCCGACAACGUGCCGCCGCCGCCGCCGCAGCCUCCCGUCACCACGCACCAGCCCCUGGCAGCCAUCAGCAGUGCCGAGCUUUCCUCAGUGCGACUGCGAACACCGGCCACUAAAACGUUAUCAGCCCCGCCCCCUGCACGAUCAGUCAGUUUACAAUGCUUACCCAGCGCCGCAGAAAUCUACAAAAACGCGAAAACGGAUUUGAUAGAGGAACUGAAAAUGUCCAAGGAUAUAACGGGAAUCAAGAAACUGAAAGUGGAACGAGCGCGCCGGGAGAGCCUCCAGGACAAGGAGACGUUCACGGAGUUCACCAAGAGGUUCACUGCUGAAAACUUUGUGGAACAGAGGUGUGCACAGGUCCCGGAAAGAGAUGCAGCUGGUAACGUGAUCCCAGCCUGGAAGCGUCAGAUGCUGGCGAGAAGAGCUGCAGAAAAGGCUCGGAAAGACCUGGAGAAGGAGCUAGCAGGAGAAGCGGAGAGGCGAAGGGCUGCUGCCGUGCCAGCAUGGAAGAGGCAACUGCUGCAACGAAGAGAAGAGGCCGAGAACAGGUUGAGAAAUUCCCUGUACACUCCCAAGGUAGAGGAGACGAACGGACAGCCAAACGGUGAAUGGCGAUCGUACCCGAGCGGGACUCAGCGUGCUGUGUCCAUAGACAACAUCAGCAUGUGCUACGACACUCCUGCGCAGCCCAUAAGGGCGCCAUCAGAAGCAAAGCUGUCUAGUGAUCAUUGUAACGGUCAUACCACAACUAACGGUAAGCAUGAAGAGGAAGAAGAAAAAGCGAAGAUAAUCCCUUGGCGAGCACAACUGCGCAAGACCAACAGCAAAUUAAAUCUUCUUGAAUAA